GGAGCUGGCUGGUCUGGGUUCUGGCUGGUCUGGGAGCUGGCUGGUCUGGGAUCUGUCCAAAGCCCAUCUAACUCCAGGCAAGCCACCUCUGUGGUCAGAUGUGUUGCCAGCAGCCAUGUGCUGCACUCUCUGUCAUUAUAUUGAUGUGUGAGCGAGAAAGUGAGUGAGUGUGUGUACGUGUGUGUUCGUGUGUGUGUGACAAAGAGUGACUGAGUAAAACAAGCAGCGUGUUUCUUUAUUUACAAACAAGGUGAGCUGUCAUUUCCUCAUGUAGGUUAGACAGGAACACUGCACCCUCACCACAGCACACAGAGAGAGAGACCUGCAGCAGGAGGAGGGCCUACUCUGAGAGGAGGAGGGAGAGACAGGAGGGUGUUGAGACAGGAGGGAGAGACAGGCGAUCAGUGACACAUCUCUUCAGAAGUUCUCUUUGGUGGGUGAACGGUCUCCCUGCUUUGAAAAUAAAGUCUUCAUGCAAAUGCUGAGUGGGCGAGUUGCGUCAAGGUCAAGUGUUAACGCUGGGCAGCUCUGGGAAAGAAUCUACUCUGGUAAUCCAUAAUGCAGAGACCAGGAUGGACCCUCCAGGUCAUCUGAGACUGUCCCUGUGUGUCCCUGGUGUCCCCCACAGACGGCCUCCACCCCGCUCCACCCCAGCCUCAGCCUCAGGAUCCACCCCAGCCUCAGCCCCUGUCCCUGCCCUCCACAGAGGCCGGGCGGAGGGCUCUAGUGAGCGGUGGAGAGCGUCUAACGAUGCCUGGAUGGAGGUCUCAGUGGCGUCUGGUCCUGCUGAACUCCCUGACCUGUGGCCUGGAGAUCUGUGUAGCGGCUGGCAUCACCUACGUGCCCCCUCUCCUGCUGGAAGCGGGGGUGGAGGAACAAUACAUGACUAUGGUGCUAGGUAUCGGCCCAGUGCUGGGUCUGUUAUUCAUACCUCUGAUUGGCUCGGCCAGUGACCAGUGCAACAGCAGCUACGGCCGGCGUCGCCCCUUCAUCUGGCUUCUGUCCCUGGGUGUGCUGCUAGCGCUGCUCAUCAUCCCCCACGCCGACUUCCUCGCUGCCCACUUCUCCUGGGGGGGGCGCUCCCUCCAGGUGGGCUUCCUCAUCCUGGGAGUGGGUCUGCUGGACUUCUGCGGCCAGGUGUGCUUCACGCCUCUGGAAGCGUUGCUGUCGGACCUGUACCGGGACGAGGAGGACUGCAGCCAGGCGUUCGCCAUGUUCUCCUUCAUGGUGAGCCUGGGGGGGUGUGUGGGAUACCUCCUCCCCGCCCUCGACUGGAGCCGCGGCCUGCUGUCCGUCUACCUGGGAGGCCAGGCCGACUGCCUCUUCUUCCUCCUCAUCCUCAUCUUCAUCACCAGCGUGCUUAUCACCAUGAAGGUGUCGCAGGAAGAGGAGGCGGCGGCGGCGGUCGGCAGCAGGCCGGCGACGGCGGUGGCGGCCAUCUUGGACCCGGGGCCCUCGGACUCGGCGCGCUGCAUGCCGCGGUCCUGCUGCCACAUGCUGAAGUGCAAGCUCCGCCUCCUGAAGUGGGGGCCCCUGCUGUGUCUGGUCAGGAGCUGCUGGUCCAUGACGCCCGCCAUCUACCGCAGCUACUGCCACGUGCCGUUCGUCAUGCGACGCCUGUGUGCCUCGCAGCUGUGCAGCUGGAUGGCCGUCAUGUCUUUCAUGCUCUUCUACACAGACUUCGUAGGGGAGGGCUUGUACGAAGGCGUGCCCAGUGCACUCCCAGGGACCGCUUCCAGGCAGCGCUACGACGAAGGUAUCCGUGUGGGCAGCCUGGGCCUGUUCCUCCAGUGUGCUACAUCAACCUUCUUCUCCCUGGUCAUGAGUCGACUGGUCCGUCGGUUUGGUUCUCGCCAGGUCUACCUGAGCAGUAUGGUGAGCUUCACGGCGUCCACCCUGGUCAUCUGCCUGUCGAAGAGCGUGGUGCUCGUCACCCUCAUGUCAGCCCUGACCGGCUAUGCCUACGCUACCCUGCAGACGCUGCCAUACACCCUCACCUGCUACUACCACAAGGAGAAGGAGGUUUAUAUGCCAAAAAAGAAAAACAAAAAUGGGCUUAAAAAUGGCAUUUCAAUACAGAGAGACACUGUGCAUUUGACCUCCAUGGAUGAAGAGGAAGGGUUGAACCACAAACUAGGAGGCAACGGCCACGUCUUUUCCGACUACUCCACCCCUCUGCACGGCCAGAAUGGUUCGUCCCACAGCAUCGCCGGCCCUGAGGCGGAGGAAGCGGAGGUGGGGGAGAAACGUGGCGUGGGCCUUGACUUUGCCAUAUUAGACAGCACCUUCCUCCUCUCUCAGGUCUUCCCCACCCUGUUCAUGGGCAUGCUCGUCCAGUUCACUGCCUCUGUCACCACCUACAUGGCCAGCUCGGCCAUCUUCGGUGCCAUCGCCAUCUAUCUGGCCAAUCAUAUCGUCUUUGACCAAAAAGACCUCAAGAGCUGAGAGAGAGACAGAGAAAGAGACCAGGGGAAUGGAGUAGCACACUCCACAAUGCACUACAGGUCCCAGCAUGCCUUAGUGCAGGGUUGCUGUUUCCCUAGAAACCAGGGUGAAUUGUGUGUGUGUGUGUGUGUUGAUAGAUGUGUCUAUGACAGAACUCAAGGAAAGUGGAAGGAUGCCUGGAGUUAAGACCCAACCACUUGUUGCUUUAAAAGAGAUGUCUGGCAUUAGCUCACUCCAGUGCCCCACUCUGCCCUCACUGCCCACUCUGCCCCUCACUGCCCAUUCUGCCCUCACUGCCCUCACUGCCCCUCU